UGAAGAGCGAUUCAUUUGCGGAGCCGUGAUUCGUGUGUUAUUCCAAGACAAAGUAUUCAUGUUUUUACAACAUUAACUUAAAACCGCUAAUCGCUAAUAAACAUUCUAUGUUGAUAUAGGUUGAGUGAUUAUGUGUUAUCAUAACAGGUGGGAUCAAGGAGUGUGAUAAGGGUGACGUUGCAUGGUGGGAGUGAGGAGAAGCUUUGAAGAUGGGAGACAGCUUCUUGCACCUGGGGGACAUAGUCUCCCUCUACGCGGAGGGCUCUGUGGCAGGCUUCCUCAGUACCCUGGGGUUGGUAGAUGACAGAUGCGUUGUCUGCCCAGAGGCGGGAGACCUGACUGAUCCACCCAAAAAGUUCCGAGAUUGCCUGUUCAAGAUAUGUCCCAUGAACAGAUACUCCGCUCAGAAGCAGUUCUGGAACACGGCCAAGCAGUCCACCAACUCGAACACCGACACAGACACGGGGAUGUUGAAGAGGUUGCAUCACGCUGCUGAAAUAGAGAAGAAACAGAACGAUCUGGAGAACAAGAAAUUGCUGGGUACAGUCGUGCAGUACGGGAGUGUUGUGCAGCUGUUACAUGUGAAAAGUAACAAGUAUUUGACGGUAAAUAAAAGACUCCCCGCUCUCCUCGAGAAGAAUGCGAUGCGCGUGCAUCUGGAUGCCAACGGCAACGAGGGCUCCUGGUUCUAUGUGAUACCGUUCUAUAAGCUGAGGUCUACUGGCGACAACGUUGUAGUUGGUGAUAAAGUAAUAUUGAACCCUGUGAACGCCGGUCAGCAAGUGCUACACGUGUCGGCCAACCACGAGUUGCCGGAUAAUGUUGGCUGUAUGGAGGUCAACGUUGUGAACUCCUCGACAUCAUGGAAAGUGACUCUCUUCUUGGAACACAAAGAGAACCAGGAAGAGAUCCUGAAAGGUGGAGACGUCGUGAGGCUCUUCCACGCGGAACAAGAGAAGUUUCUGACAAUGGACGAGUACAAAACGAGGCAGCAUGUGUUUUUGAGGACUACGGGGCGGUCGAGCGCGACCGCAGCUACUAGCAGUAAGGCGUUGUGGGAAAUUGAGGUGGUGCAACAUGACCCGUGCCGCGGCGGCGCAGGCCACUGGAACUCAAUAUUCAGAUUCAAACAUCUGGCGACCGGCCACUACCUGGCCGCAGAAGCUUGCGACAGAACUGACAUGUGCGAGCCGGCGUACCAGCUGGUGUCGGUGCCGCACUCGUCCGACAUCGCCACGCUGUUCGAGCUGGACCCCACCACCAUGACGCACUCCGACGUGCCCGUGCCGCAGAGCAGCUACGUGAGGCUGCAACACCUCUGCACGCACACGUGGGUCCACUCGACGGCUAUACCCAUCGACAAGGCGGAGGAGAAACCGGUCAUGUCUAAGGUGGGGUGUUCAGUGAUCAAGGAGGACAAGGAAGCGUUCGCACUGAUAUCAGUGUCUCCCAGCGAGGUGCGGGAUCUGGACUUUGCGAACGACGCGUGCAAGGUGCUGUCAGCUCUGUCCGCCAAGCUGCACUUGGGCAGCAUCGAACACAAUGAGAUGAAGGCCCUCACUUGUCUACUCCAAGAUAUAGUGUACUUCAUUGCCGGCUUUGAAAACGAGCCGAACAAGAGCAAGGCGUUGGACCUGGUGGUGGAGAAUCCCAACAGAGACCGACAGAAGCUGCUCCGAGAACAGUAUAUACUGGGGCAGCUGUUCAAAAUACUACAGGGACCAUUUGAAGAAUCGUCAGAAGGUGAGCCGUUUCUCAAGAAGGAAGAACUGUCGGACCCGAGAUACGCGCCAUAUAAGUUUAUAUUCAGACUGUGCUACAGAAUACUGAGGCUGAGCCAACAAGACUACAGAAAGAACCAAGAAUACAUAGCGAAACACUUCGGCUUCAUGCAGAAGCAGAUCGGUUGUGAUAUCCUCGCGGAAGACACCAUCACAGCCCUCCUGCACAACAAUAGGAAACUAUUGGAAAAACACAUCACCGCGUCAGAGAUCGAGACAUUUGUUGGCCUCGUCCGUAAGAAUAUGAAGACAUGGAAGGCGCGUUUUCUUGACUACUUGAGCGACUUGUGCAUCUCUAACAAGAAGGCGAUCGCUGUCACCCAGGAGCUGAUCUGCAAGAGUGUGCUCUGUGCUAACAACGCCGAUAUUCUUAUUGAGACCAGGUUAGUGUCCACUAAGUACGAGAACAAGUCAGCAGAGGGAGACACGUACAGCACUAUUGAGGAUGACGUCAUUCUGCUCUGGAAUAACAAAACGGUUAGUUGUUCCCGAUUACUGAAUGACCUGGCGAAGGAAGCUGCAGCGGACCCGCAGAGCGAGGCGGCGGCCAUAUUGGAUUACUAUCGCCACCAGCUCGACCUGUUCUCCAACAUGUGCCUCAACCGGCAGUACCUGGCGCUCAACAGUCUCUCACAGCAGUUGCAUAUCGAUCUGAUACUUAAGUGCAUGUCGAACCCUGAGAUCUGCCACGACGUGCGCGCGUCGUUCUGCCGCCUGAUGCUGCACCUGCACGUGGACCGCGACCCGCAGGAGCCCGUCACGCCCGUGAAGUACGCGCGCCUGUGGGCCGAGGUCAGCGACACCAUACACAUACACGAUUACCAGUGCGUCCGAGGCGCCCCGGACGCAGUCCGCGAGAAGGUGAAGGAACAGUUCGCGUCCACCAUCCGGUUCGUGGAGAACUACCUCUGCAACGUGGUCACCCGCACCUGGUACUUCAGCGACCACGACCAGAACAAGCUCACCUUCGAGGUGGUGAAGCUGGCGCGAGAGCUCAUCUACUUCGGGUUCUACAGUUUCAGUGAUCUACUGCGACUGACGAAGACAUUGCUGAGUAUUUUGGACUGUGUGACCGCUAUGGACCUAUUGAACGAGAGUCAUGCCCUAACUGGAGAAGUUGAAUAAGGAGGCGUGCUGCGUACAAUAGGUGACAUGGGAGCUGUGAUGACGUCCAUCACUCUGGGAACUGCACACAA